AUGCCCUUCGGCCGACAACAGGACGUUCGACAAGAUUUGAACGAUCCGCGAAGACACUCGCUCCCGGAUUUGUCCCUUUCUGCUCAAUUGCUCCAAGCUCAGCAGCUCUACGCCGCAGCCCACUCGUCGUCGCUCGCCAUGGACCCAGCCGCUAGCCGCGUAACUGCAAGUCCUUCGGGCGAUCCGCGCGGAGGCUUUGCCCAAUUUCUCGAAGCAAACUCGCCUUAUUCUUCCCUCGGCAGUGACAGUCCGCCGCAACACAGCGGUCUGCCGCAGUACGCGGGGACCCAUGCUCAGCCUCAGCACGGCGCCCUUCCUCAAGCACAGUCGCCGCAUCCUCACGCGCCGAUGAACUCCCAGGCGCUACCUGAAGCAUCGAUCUGGACAUCAAAUCAGAACGAUCCGGCGUCUUUUGCUCGCGCACACGCAACGAUGACCGCCAAUGGCUUGCCCGGCAUCGACUUGCCAACGGGCCCUUCCUCGUCUGCCGGCCUGUUUGCUUCACAGCCCUUUACUUUCACUCCACCCUCCGGCUCCGCCGAGUCCUCUCGUGAUGCCCAGAACUACUAUGCGCAUUACCUGGACGACUCGACGUUCGGCCGCAACGCGGGUCCCGCCGACAACACCUCGAUCCAUCCUUUGAUGCAUUCGAUCAACAGUCACAGCGAUCAGGAAGCGUUGUUCGCCUUCGCUUCGGCCAUGCAGGCCUCUUCCUUGCCCAUCCCCGCCUCGAGCUCCACAGACGCUGACAACAUGACCUCUAGCUCGCCCGAGUCGGAAAGCGCCGAUGCGCAGUCCAGCGACAAGAAAAAGUCGGCGCGUCGCCAGGGCGUCACCUGCGACCAGUGCCGCGCAAAGCACCUUCGCUGUGAUCUCGACGAUCGUCGCAGCGAGGCAGCGCGCAGCGCAUCUCCAGAGACAGCAGAGACGGCGCUUCUCGAAAUGCAGAGGAGUAACAGCACCGGGACAGCGGUGCACCACAUUCGAUGCACCCGUUGUGACGAGAAAGGCUUCGUCUGCACCAAGACCUAUGCCCCUCCUUCGCGCAGAUACCCACGCCCCAGCCGUUCAGGCAAGCGCAUCGAGCAAGCCCGCAUGCUGCACGGCGCCGACGACACCUCCGCCGCUCGACCUACUGUGGAGCGCAUCAAUGCAUCCUCGAUUCUCAUCCGUGCUCUCACCGAGCUCCGCGGAGCCGAAGUGCGCAUCACCGACCGCGUCAUGGCAGGUUCGCUGUCGCUGCAGCUUCUCAACUGCUUCUUUGCUGUCUGCCACAUGCAAGCUCCCGUGAUCGACUUUGGCCACUUUACCAAGACCUUCAACUUGGCCAACGGCGAUCCUCGCAAGAUGUCCAUCAUGUCCAACGGUGGCUCCGAGGCCGAGGGUCUCCCGUCCUGCAUUCCGCAAACCGCCGGCCUUACUUCCACCGUGUGGCCCAACUCCAGGGACAGCAAGAUCAGCACCCCAGGCACCACCGAGACUCUGCUCGCCGUGCUGCAUGCCUGGGCUGCGCACUACACCGACGCGCCCAUCGCGUUUGGUCCCGACUUUAAGGAUCUUGACACAGUGCGACUUCUCGAGGUGGAUGACAACGGCGCCGUCCAGCCCGCCUCGUCGCUAGGCCUCGGACCGGACAGUGCCAAGGCGGGCAUCAAGCGGCCCAAACGCAAGCAGGGAGUUGCUUGCGACACCUGUCGUCUGCGCAGAGUGCGAUGCGACGUCACCGAGAGGCCAGAGGGCAUGGGAUGCAGCCGAUGCGAGGACAAGCGCAUCAAGUGCACUGACACCUACAUCCAGACCAAGCGCGCCAAGCUGGCUGCCAAAGGAGGCAAGGCAAGCAAGGCUGACGAUCCGGCCGAAGACGCUCCUCCCUCCGCCGAUGCUUCUGCGGGCGACGCGAACCGGAUCAGCCCGCGCUCGUGGAUCACGGCGCGCAGCGAAGGUCUGAAGCGACUCUACCGACCGGGCGACGUCGAGCACAACCUGCGUCGCGGCAAGGCGCGCAAGCCGUUCUGCCAUGCUCUGCUCAACCACGCGCUCUCGCUGGUGCACAAGUACGACAUUGUCAAGAAGCCCAGCGUCGAAGGAGUCCAAAUCCUGUGCCUCAUCGCACCUCUGCUCGACAAUGUCGACGGUGUCCAGGCCCACUUCUUUGCAGACACCGCUUGCGACCAUGCCGAGAAGCUGGGCAUGACGACCAAGCUGGUGGUCGACGAGACCGACCGCCAUGCAGUCGAGCACAUGCUCAGCACGAUGCAGUCGCACCGCAUCUUCCUCACCACCUGGUGUCGAGACUCGAUCACCUCGGGACUCAACCGUCGCAAGGCGUUCCUGAAGACGGACCGGGCGAUCGAGGUGGUUGGCCAGGCGUCGUUCCGCGGCACUGCGGUGCCCGUCGAAAACUCGCGCAAGGGCGAGGUGGUGCUCUCUGGCGAGAUGGGUCUUACCUUUGUCAUCAUGACCAUGGUGCAGAUCGGCGCUCUGUCGCGGUUCAUGGCGACGCACAUUGAUCCGUCGGAUGGCUUCAAGCCGUCGAUCCCCUCGUGGCAGCGUCCCGCCGGCUCUUCCAUGGCACCCGUGCCGCGCUCGGCGCGCUUUGCGGCAAGACCGUCGCUGGCGGAGCUGCGCAAGCUGGAACGCGCAUGUACUGCCGUGUGGAACAGCCUCGACUCGCUCAUGCUCUUCUUUGACCGCUGUGCGUCCAAGGCGUGGUCGACGAUGGACAACCUGCAGCCGUUCCGUCCAUUGGGAUGGGUGGUGAGCACCAAGCUCUGCGGCUCGCUGCUGUACCUUGCGCUCUUCCGCGCGCUGGGUGAGCGCCACCGCGCCAACGCCGCGUUCAUGGCGACGCUCAGCCACUCGCUUGGCGGCCAGAGCGCGGUGUCGGAAGAAGACAAGACAGUGGCCGCCUCGCUCAAGGCGCUGUUCGACAAGAGCAUGCAGCGAGCCAUCGUGUCGUGCCGCAAGACGGCGCGUCUGGUGCGCAUCCUUCUGCCUCUGGGCAUCUUGCAGACCGGUGGGCCGUUGAUGACGCAGCUUUUCCCCGUCGCCCAGUUCCUCGCCAAGAUCCCGAGCGUCUCGGACGAGCAGGUGGCGAGCAGGAUGAAUGGGCGCUCGCAUUCGGCGGACGCAUCGAGCUCGGACGCUUCGCCGUCGACGUUUGUCGAUCCACAGGCGCUGCAAAGGCAGGACUCUGAAGAUUCCUCUGCCGAGCGCCCGAGGUCCGCACAAGGCGCCCAGCCAGGCACAACGCCUCGCGCGUCGCCGCAGGGCUCGAGUCCCAGCUCGCACGUCGAGGUGCUUCGUCAGCUGGAAGAGAUGCACCAGAUCAACCUCGGCCCUUACACGCACAGCUCCAAGAAGAUCGAGGUCGACGCACUCGUCGAAGGCCUCUCGCAGCUGGGCUAUGCGUGGGACACCAUGGACCGCGAAAUCGCCGUCAUCCAGGACUUGCUCCGCUCCGCCAACAUCAAUUGA